AUGAGAUUUUCAUAUUCGAAUGACAGGGAUGACAAAAAAAAGAAGAAAAAGGGAGAAGGACACGAGAAGGAAGAACGUUGUCCAAAAGAUAAGCCAAUUCUGGAUUAUGCUGGGAAAAUGCAAGAUACAGAUACAAUACAACUGCCUGUACAAGGAGUCGAUAUUCUCAGAGAACUCUGUGAUGUUUAUGCUCACUUCAAGGAAUGCACUCAAGAUAUUUCUUGUUCAAGUAUAUCAUUGAAAGCGGUUGAUGCCAGUUACGGGUACAUGUGUGGUGAAGGAUAUAAAUUGUUUGAAGAUUAUGCUACGUGUUUUGCUGAGGUUGAAACAGAAAGUAAUUACGUGGAAUGCAGGAAUAAGGCAAGUACGGCGAUAACAACAGCACAAAAGACAAAAAUCCCAAAUCAUUACAACCUGUAUUUCGAACUUUUAUGUGGAAUUAUGGAUCAUUAUUUACGAUGUUGUCAUCCUGUAAUCAAUACACGUUGCGGACAACAAGCUUGGGAAUUAGUGCGAACGGUUACUUUGGACAGUUUACGUGUAACAAUGCCAACAUGUGAUUUACAUAACGCACUGUUGUAA